AUGGACUGCACCUUAGCCUUUGCAACCAAUACCAAUAUCGAUCGCUCUUCACUUCUUGCCUUAAAAUCUCACAUCACAUUUGAUCCUCUCAAUUUACUGAGAAAGAAUUGGACUACCGAAACAUCUGUUUGUAACUGGAUAGGAAUUACAUGUGAUCCUAUCAAUAACCGUGUCACCGAGUUGAAUAUUUCUAAUAUGCAGCUCGUAGGCACCAUUCCACCUGAAAUCGGAAAUCUUUCUUCUCUGGUUUUACUAGACAUGAAUGAGAACUCCUUCCACGGUCCGAUUCCGGCCUCCAUCUUCAACAUCUCAUCCAUACAAGUAAUAACUUUGAGAAGUAAUGCUUUGUCAAGUGAGCUACCAAUCGACAUGUGCAAGCACAGUCUUCACAACCUCAAAUUACUUCGUAUAUCUUCCACUAAGCUGUAUGGAGAAAUACCAUCGAGCUUGGGCCUAUGUUCAAACCUUGAGCUACUUUCCUUGUACAACAAUAGCCAUCAUGGAGUGGUGCCAAAAGAUAUUGGAAACUUGACACUGCUCACUCGAUUAUUCCUUGGGUUCAACAGUUUAACUGGUAAUAUUCCCAAAGAGAUUGGUUAUCUUAAUAAUUUAGAGAUGUUAAACAUGGCAUCCACUGGACUUGAUGGAUCAAUUCCAAAAGAAAUUGGAAACAUGACAUCCCUUCAGUAUAUAUACCUUGACAACAAUGCAUUAAGUGGUGCUAUUCCACAAGAGAUUGUCCAGCUUGAUAAUUUACUAGUGUUGUCCAUUGAUUCCAACAAGUUGACGGGCACUUUACCGUCGACUUUUUCUAACAUGUCUUCAGUGAAUUAUAUUUCAUUAAGUCAUAACAUGCUUAAUGGGACACUGCCAAAAGAAAUUGGCAACAUGAAAGCACUCCAAGAGUUAUACCUCAUUAACAAUAGUUUAACCGGUAUCAUUCCUGGAGAGUUGUUCACUUUUAAAAUUAGGAAUAUUGAUCUCUCCAAUAACCAUUUUGAAGGCUUCGUACCUUCCACCAUUGAAACAUCCCAUAACUUAACUUAUCUCCACUUGGCAAAUAACAGACUCUCGGGCUUUAUACCUUCCACCUUUGGAAAUCUCAUCAACCUAACAACCCUAAUGCUCUACUCCAACAACUUCAUUGGAGAGAUUCCCUCAUCCAUUUGCAAAUUGAGAUCCCUCCAAUUCCUCCAUCUAUCAGACAACAGUCUGCACGGCCCAAUACCAAAGUGUUUAGGAGAGCUGAGUAAAUCCUUGCAGGUUCUGCAUUUGAAGGGAAAUAAAUUUCAGGGCCUCAUUCCUCCAUCCUUUCCUCAGGGCUGCGCUCUCGAGUCUCUGAACCUCAACAGCAAUAACCUAAAAGGAACACUUCCACAAACCCUAGGAAAUUGUGGGAAGCUGCAAGUUCUUGAUGUCGGAAGCAAUGCGAUACAAGAUGGUUUUCCCUUUUGGAUGGAAGAUCUCGUUGAUCUCCGAGUCCUUGUUUUGAGAGAUAACAGAUUCAACGGUAGGAUGCUUCUACCCAUUGCUUAUGGUGAGAUAAGUAGUGAUGCUCCAUUUGUGAAGUUGCAAGUGUUUGAUAUAUCUCAGAAUGAAUUCAGUGGACCCCUUCCAACUAGAUAUUUAACCACCUUCCCAGCCAUGAUGAAUGCCAAGGAAGAUUUUUCAGAAGAGAGUAACUGUUGA